GGAACGAGGCAGUGGUUCGUUUUAUGUGGCCGAGAGAAGGUCAAUUGUUAAAAUGGUAAAUUCUUGCUUAUUUCUGGGCGUCCUCUUCCUCCUCGGAUUGGGGGCAGAGGCGAAAUCAGUAGCUCCGAAAAAUCAGAUCCGUGCCUUAUUUCCUGACAACUUCCGGUGGGGGUUUGCCACUGCGAGCUACCAAAUCGAGGGGGGCUGGAAUGAGAAUGGAAAGGGUGAAAAUAUUUGGGACCGAUUUACUCACACUCCCGGAAAUAUUGCGGAUAACAGCACUGGGGAUGUAGCUUGCGACAGUUAUCACAAUUAUGCUCGAGAUGUUGAGAUGUUGAAAGACAUUGGGGCCGACUACUACCGAUUUUCCCUGUCAUGGUCCAGGAUCCUUCCAAACGGUACGCUUGCCGUGGUUAGCGAGGCAGGAAUCGCGUAUUACAACAAUUUGAUCAAUUUGCUCAUUGCCAACAACAUUGAGCCCAUGAUCACUCUUUAUCACUGGGACUUGCCUCAACCCCUCCAAGACAUUGGUGGCUGGCCGAAUGAAGCUCUGAUCCCACAUUUUGAAAAUUUUGCUAGAUUAGCAUAUCAACGAUUUGGAGAUCGCGUUAAGCUAUGGAUAACUUUCAACGAAGCGUUCGUGACUUGCAUGCACGGUUAUGGUUAUGGCAAUCACGCUCCAGGAAUUUCACAGGAAGACACGGAACCUUACAAAUGUGCCCACACGAUUCUCAAAAGCCACGCUAGAGCUUAUCGAAUGUAUUACGACGAGUUUUUCCAGGCGCAAAACGGUCGGGUUGGAAUUACCAUCGAUUCUGGCUGGUACGCCCCAUUGGAUCCAAACAAUCCCUCCGACGUGGAAGCAGCCGAAAGAGCUGUUCGAUUCAAACACGGAUGGUUUGCAUGGCCUGUGUUUUAUGGACAUUAUCCAGACGAGAUGAGAAUUUUUGUUGACAAAAAGAGUGAGGAGGAAGGUCUGGACCAAAGCCGUCUUCCAGAAUUUGACAGAUACUGGGAAAAUCAAGUCAGAGGAUCAUGGGAUUUCCUCGGAUUAAACCAUUACACAACCGAGCUUUGUACCUAUAAGGUCGGGACCUUCCCUGGUUGGAGUCAGGAUCAAGACGUCGAAUUUUCUCGAGAUCCAACAUGGCCAGAAUCUGCCAGUGACUGGUUGAGAUCCGUUCCCUGGGGCUUUGGAAAUCUGUUGAGAUGGAUCAAACGCAAUUAUGGAAAUCCACUCGUUUAUGUAACGGAAAACGGGUGGUCAGAUUCUGACGCGGUCGGUCUCGAGGAUGAUUUGAGGGUGGAAUAUUACACGAAUUAUACGCAAUCCAUGUUGCAAGCAAUUAAUGAAGAUGGUUGCAAUGUUCAAAGCUACACCGCGUGGAGUCUUAUGGACAACUUUGAAUGGGCGAGAGGCUACUCGGAGCGUUUUGGCGUCCACUGGGUCAACUUUACUGACCCAGCUCGACCAAGAAUUCCCAAAAAAUCGGCAGCUUUCCUGAAACAAUUGUUUGCCGACAAUGGUUACCCAGAACCUUAAAAAAUCUACACAAAGAAUAAAUAUUUACGUACUUACACCAUAAAUAAACCGAGAGAAAGUGGAGCUUAUUUAUUUAUAUACAUGAA